AUGGCCGGCAGCAAAGCGGCAGCCUCGCACCUUCCGCCCUCGCCCGUAACCGACAUCAACGGCUGUCCCGUCGCCGGCCCCUCGCUCAUGCAUCCUCGUAUCGCCGUCCUCCUCGGCGUGCCUGCACCCUGGCACUCCCCGCUCUUCGCCUGUCGGCUCCUCUCCAUCGCCCCAGCCGUGUGGUUCGCCAUCCCGCCCGUGUUGCGUCUCUUGCUGAGGUUGCAGGAUGCCUUGUACGUCGGCCUGCAGCACCGGAGCCGCGGCGAGGGGGAAAUGAGACGAUAUUCUGGUCAGGUGGAGGUCUUGCUGGCCAUUAUAUGGGUGCGUAGUACUUUUUGA